CUGCGUUCAUGUAGCAGGCUGGAGAACACGUCACGUGACAGUGAUCGGCUUCGCGCGCUUUCUGCUCUCUGUCAUUAGCAAAUAUGAACUGUCUACUUGAAGGAAACGGUGUGAAAGUGUUUGGAAAGGCUCUUCAUGCCCUGUCACGGAUUGGAGAUGCGCUGUGGUUGGAUCCCACAGUUAAAGGGCUGGCCCUGAGAGCAGUGAACUCUGCUCACUCUGCAUACGCCUGCUUCCUCUUCUCGCCGCUGUUCUUCCAGCACUACAGCCUGGGAUCAGGAUCGGAGCAGGGCAGUGGAUCAGUCAACUGCAAACUUCUCAUGAAGUCUAUUUUACCUCUUUUCCGGUGUUUGACUUCCAUCGAGCGCAAUGUGGAGCGAUGUCAGAUAUCAGUCAGCACACCCAGUGACAGAGUGGUGGUCCAGUUUUUUUGCAGGCACGGCAUAACUAAAACACACAACCUACGCUUCCAGGAAAGUGAGGCUCUGCAGGCAGUGUUUGCCUCACACCUCUGCCCCAAUGUGCUGAAGGCUCCUGCCAGGCUUCUCUGUGAUAUGGUGAUGCAUUUCCCAUCAUCCCAAGAGGAAAUCACUCUGUCUGUGACUCCUCUGAGAGUCAGUCUGACAAACUACUGUGAGGAGGGAAAGGAUCCCAUGAGGACGAUGUACACUGAGAUGUCCUUACACCCAGACGAGUUUGACUUCUUUCAGGUCGGGGUGGACUUGGACCUAACCUUCUGCCUGAAGGAGCUGAGGGGUUUGCUGUCCUUUGCAGAGUCACAUUCCCUUCCAGUGUCGGUCAACUUUAGCACAGCGGGAAAGCCGGUGUGCUUCUCUGUGGAGGAUGUGGUCCUGGAGGCCAGCGUGGUAUUGGCUACCCUGAUGGACUCUGAAAGCAGGGGCCCCUCUCAGCCUGCAGAGACCCUGGCCCCUGUUACAUCGAGGUGUGCGGAUGCUGCUGUUCUGCUCGUGGGAUCAUGUGAGGCAGACAGCGGGGAGCCUCGCUGCACCCCUGCUGUGAUGGAUCUGGUAGCAUCCAGCCAAGGCAGCCCUAUAAUCAGCCCGCCCCCUCUCAUGCUGCCUCUGCUUCAGAUUGACGAGCCCAACGGACUCGGUGAACUUGGUGAGGCCUGUGCCAGUUUAACCACGACUCCUGCUUCCUCCACGAUCUGCUCUCUGCUUUUCAAUGCCUUGUCAUCAGAGCAGGACAGUGAUGGUUAUGAUUCCAGACUGCCUGUUCUGGCAUGUUACAGUGACGGAGAGGAGAGCAUGGAGGAAGACCAUACAGGAAGCCCCUCACUCUGACAACAGAGCUGUCUCACACGCCUUGUUUUCAUCUUGACAAGAAGAACUGCUGCUUACAGCAGGGCACAACUCUAUUACUAAACUGAAUUUAUAUUUCAUGGAUUUGAAGUUGUUUUUAAGCAUGUUGUUUGUAGCUCAAAUGUUCCUUGUGUUUUUGUUUCACUACAAUAUUCAGUUAGAAAUUCUAGAGAAUGUACAGUAUUUAUAAGUUAUUGAUCAAAGAGUGUGGUUCGGCCUUGUCUGUGAAAACAUCUCCUCACCCAAGAUGCCACACCUGUCCUGUCUGCUCAUAGUAACUCUUCACAUGCCCGACAUCUGAAGAACGUGGGAGUAGACAAAAUUGUACAAGGUGUUCUAAACCAUUACGUCUAUCUGGCUUGCACAACAUCCUGAGUUCAGUGAGGUGAACACUGGAUGCUAAAUGUAAUGCCUUGAUGGGAAAAUACAGCAGUGGAGGCAGUGAGGCUGCAGCAGUGAAAAACGCCUCUGCAGUGUUUUUGUUCAGUGUGUCAGGUGUGCUGUGAUCUAAAACCAGCCGCACAGAUCAGUCAUCAAACACAACGGGAUAAUAAAUACUAUAGUUUUUAUUUAAAUAUUGUACAGCUUUAAUUUUUUUUCUUUUUUGAACCACAGAGCUUAGAUCUGCAUUGAAAUGUACACCCAGAAUAUAUAGACAGACAUGUUGUGGUUGUAACAAAGUGUUUGGAAGAGGAAGAUGAGCGAUGUCAGGGCAGGUAUGAGUCAGUAAACAGUGGCUGUACCGUCUGACUGUCAGAAUUGCUUUGUAAUAUCAUUAAGGCUGCUUAGAUUGUCCUCAGUGCUAUGACACUUCAAACUCACAUUUGACCAUCCACUGCUCCUCCUCCAUGAAACUGACACAGUCCAGUGUGAACUCAAACAGUCCGUUAAAGAGCGCAGUUUGUAAAAAGGUGGAUUUUCUAAGCUUGCGAUGGCUUUAUCAUGUUACACUCCUGUGAGUGAGAGGAGCUUUCAGGAGAAUACAGGUUGAACCUACUGUAGCUGAAAAGACCUUGUGUUAAGACAGCAGGGCAUGAUGGGGAAGUUUUACUUUUAUGGCUACUUAACAGUUUGAGGCUACGUGCACAUAGCCGGAGGUUUAAG